AUGGGCCGGAAAAAGAAGGUAACCACGUCGGUGGCGAGCUCGUCGGCUCAGGGAGAACCUUGUGAGACAUCACAGACACAAAAACAACAAGCUUUAGAGGUGGAGGGAGAGAAAUCUAAUGGAACAGUAACCGCUGAAGCUAUAAUCGCAGAGAGAACUCCGGUGGAGAUUGUGAGCAACAUGGAGCAAAGUAAGAGUAUGGAGGGAGAUAAAAAGAAUCUUAAUGAUGUAGCGAAGCAAAAAUGGAAGUCUUUUACAGCUCAGAGUCGAAUAUCGGACAAAGUUGGACAAAAUCCCACCCUGAAUGCUAUAUCCCAAUAUGUUAAGUCUCAGUGGCAAACCCAGGAAGAGCCACAAGUGUUUAAGCAUGAUGAAGGCUUCUUUAUUGUUAGAAUGAAGACUAAGGAGGAAAGGGAUAACAUAUUGUUUUCAGGGCCUCACUUGUUCUUUGGUAAAGCUAUGAUAGUUAAGCAAUGGAGUGCUAGUUUUAAUUUUCAUGAAGAAGUAUUGAAGGUAAUUCCUAUUUGGGUAAAGAUGCCUAAUCUUCCUCUGAAUUGCUGGGGAAAGGACUCUUUGAGCAGGAUAGGAAGUGUGCUAGGUGUCCCACUUUAUGCGGAUGAAUGUACCAGUCAAGGCUUGAGAAUUUCUUAUGCUAGACUGUUGAUUGAAAUGGAUGUUACCCAAGAAAUACCUAAAGUGGUGGCAGUUGAAGACCCUAAUGGUGUUGUAUUCAAACAAAAACUAGAGUAUGAUUGGGUUCCUACAUUUUGUAAAAAAUGUCGGGUAGUGGGUCAUAAUUGUGGAGGAAAAAAUGUUGUUACUAGUAGAGUUGUUCAAAGGUGGAUUCCUAAGAAGCUCUUGCCUAUUGAAAAGACAGUUGUUCAGCUUCCUUCCAUAAUUGAAGCAGAUGCAGAGCAAAUAGUGGAGGAAAUGGUGCACAACAAGAAUGCGUGUAUUUAG